ACAGGAUGACGUUUAGCUGUGGGUAGCGACUUGUUAGUGCGCACUAGUAAGACCCACCUCCCUUCAUUUUAGCUCUAUAGCACACGGUACCUCACUGCAUAAACACAGAUGCUGUCUGUAUGUCAGUUCUCAUGUCAUUCAGCAGAUGAAUCCCAUCUCUGCACUGGUUUAGACAAGGGUUAAGCUUUAGCUACCGGUCAGCUAGCGCUCUGGAAGCAUCUCUGCAAGGAAUAACGACCGCACGCUGCUGUCAUGCUGGAAACAGAUCGCUAUUGUGGAUUUUUCAGACUGGAGGAAUGAUGAAUGAAUAAUAAAAAAAAUAAUAAAAAAAAAAGAAAAACAGCGACGUGGAUAAUCGACAAGCGCUGUGUAUUAAACCGUCAGCAGUUCUCUUGAAUUAGCCGUCAUUAACAAGCGUUCAAGACGGAAGGCACACAGGAGCACAGAGGGAGAAUCCGCGCGAACAUGAGGGAACGGGACUUUAUGCCAAACAUGGAACGGGGCAAACCGGCUACAUACACAGGAGAUAAAAAAGCUAAAAUGGCUGCUAAAACCAAUAAAAAGUGGGUGAGACUGGCUACUGUAUUCGCAUAUGUUUUGUCCGUGUCUUUGGCUGCUAUAAUACUGGCAAUUUAUUACAGUUUGAUUUGGAAACCGACGACUGCCUCUGUGUCUGGACGGUCAGAUGUGUUGGUGACGGCUACAAUUAUGCCCAUAAACACAAGCAAUAUCACAACAAGUGAUGUACCAACAAUUAACAAGAUGAAUAAUACAUCACCUGUGAGCCUGAGAUCAACACAGACUCCCACCUACGCCCACUCCACUUCUCCACAGGGACAACUGCAAUGGGUUAACAACAAAGGUCAUGAAGGCCUACCAAAUAUCCCCACAACAGAAACAAAGAAAACUGACCAAACAGGAACAGUUGACUCAGUGUACAUUCACGAAAAACCAGGACGAUUCAGUUCAGCAGAAGUUAGCUAUCAGUCGAAAAGCAGUGUAGCAGGUGCAUCAAGUGAACCUCCUUUGGCACAUGGAGCCACAUCUUCUACUAAACAAAACAUCUAUGGUGGUUCUGGGUUCGGCACCCCUGAGAUUCAGCCAAACAUUUGGGAUUCAGCCUCUGCCACAACUGACCAAGCAUCUUGGACAAGCUACAGUGCAAGACCUGACGUCUCAUCUUUGACAGAACAUGGUCUAGAAUUAAUGGAGGGCUCGUCACCGUUGCAAGAGGAGUUGGUUACCAAGGACACAGAGAAUGCAGCAAUUGGAGUGUGACAACAGAUUAUUUGUGUGGCAUAUAAUUAUAUGACAUUAACGGCGAUGACUGUGCAGUGAGAGAAAUAAUAACAGUGAACGUCAUACAGUUUCUAUUAAUUUUGUGUCUUCUUCAAGGGUAGAAACUGUGUUGACCUACCUGCUUUGGAAAGCUCUUAUAAAGGUUGUUACAUUAUAGAGUGCAACAGUCAGGUUCCAGAAGUAAAAAUCCCAUUUAUUUUCUCCAAAGGGGAAUUCAUUUUGAAUGGUAACUUAUAAACCUUUAAAGACAGACAUACUGUGAGCUACAAGGUUGUUAAUUAAUGGUACGUGCUUUUAUUGAAGCUACCAGCUCGUAUUAUUUAAGGUCGCACAUUAUAUUUUUUAAAUAAUCGAGUUUAAAAACUACAUUACCCAUGAUUCUGCAGAGAAAUCGCCAACAAUCUGAGAAUCCUGCACCAAAAGAGCUCUUGAGCACUGUGAAUGAUGUGUUGAGUUGGUUUUCUUGCAUUUUAAAACUACUUAAAGAGAUAGUUCACCAAAAAACAACAUUCUUCCAAAUAUCUUCCUUUGUGUUCAGCAGAACAAAGAAAUUCAUACAGGUUUGGAACUACUUGAGGGUGAGUAAAUGAUGACAGAAUUUUCAUUUUUGGUUGAACUAUCCCUUUAAAUAUGGGUAUAUUUCUAUAUACACAAUCAACACCCUUAAUAAGGCCUAUAUUUCUCCAUUUUUAAUUCAAUGAUGUCAUUUGCAGUGCUUUAUGAGAUUGUAGUUCUUUCCCCCAUAAAAGCCGUUAAGUACACAAAUAUCUUGUGAUAUUUUUGUCAGAUUUUUGAAUUUUUUGUUGUUGUUUGUUGUUGCUUCAAAUCAAAGUUUGUAAUGUUGUGAUUCAUCUCAUACCUGGUUUGAUUCAUGGCUUGUAACUCUUUAACAAAGACUUUAAAAAAAAAAAAAAAAAUAUGGGAAAAAUACAUCCAGAACCAAGGCUGCUGAAAAAGUGGCCGGGCACUUCUGCACUCUAUAAUUCAUUUGCAGAUAAUCACAGCCAUGCUGAUAUUCAGAACAACAGAAGGAUUAUAUUGCUUUUAUACAACAGAACAAGACAAUUGGUAUCCAGUAACUUACAUCCCAAGACAAGUCUAAGCAUUAAAUAUUUGCAUGUCAUGAAGCAGACUAAACGGCGGUCAUAUUUGAGUGUAGUGGAGCGGAGCAAAGCGACAGAUAUUUCCUAGCCCCACUCCACAUUUUCGUCAGGUUUUCCAAACAUAGACAUUCCAAACAUAAGUGAAGUUAAAUAUCACAGUGCUGUUAUACUAAAUAUUAAGUCUUGGAGCACUGCUUAGCCAAUCAAAUUUGAGAACAAGAACUAACUGUUGUAUAGCGAAAUAUAAAUUAUAAUAAUAGCCUUUACAUACAAAGAUCGAUAGGAUUAUGGUUCCUUUGGAGCAACAUGAUGAUGUCCUUUGGAACAUCAGGAAAAUUAGCCAUUUACAUCACCAACACAGGACACACAUCCUUCAGUAGCGUUUAUUUCAUUGUGUAGUAAUUGUGAACAAGAUAAACACUGUUUAAAGCAAGUUAGAACACUUUGCCAAUAGAGUUCAGGAAUGCUCAGGAAUGGAAUAACUAUCUGAAUGCAAAAUACCUGGCUAGUAGUAAGAAUACACUGUGCAAACUCACCCAUGAUGAAAAGUGUCUUUUAUAAAUCAGCGUGGGUUGAACAAGAUAUAUAAGAAGCAAACUAUGACGUAUGAAUAAACAAAUAUUUUCCAUUCA